AUGGGCUCCGUUCAGAAAGUUGAGUUCCUCAGCAAAGGAAUCAAGAUCGUGGGUGACUUGUUCCUCCCUCCUGGGUAUUCUCCCAAUACCAAGUACCCUGCAGUGAUUAUCGCCCAUCCUAUGACUGGAGUGAAAGAGCAAGCUCCGCAUGUUUAUUCGAAAGUCUUGAGCCCUGCUGGGUUUAUCUGCCUUGCCUAUGAUGCCGCAUACCAAGGCGAAAGCGAAGGCCAACCAAGGUACCUCGAGGAUCCAGCUCAACGAGCCGAGGAUGUCAGGGCUGGUAUUACGUAUCUUUCUCUGCGCCAAGAUGUCGACCCAGGGCGAAUCGGGGCUCUUGGUAUCUGUGCCUCGGGUGGCUAUGUGCCAUUUGCCGCACAAACAGACCAACGAAUCAAGGCUGUUGCAACUGUCAGUGCCGCUUGUACUGGACGAUUGACAAGAGAAGGCCUUGUGGAAGGAAUGGGAGGUCCUGAGAUGUUGCAGGGGUCGAUAAAGGCUGCAAACGAGGCCCGAAUCACAGAAGCAAACGGACAGCAGGCUCCAGUCAACCCCGCCCUUCCUCUAACCGUCGAAGAUGUCCCGCCAGAAUACCCACCCAUCGUGAGGGAAUUGGUAGAAUACUAUAAGACGCCGCGAGGUCAGCAUGAACGUGCACCUGGUCUGUUUGCAACUAGAAGUGCGGAUCUUUUGGCGAACUUCGAUGCCUAUGCUUUCAACUACCUCAUUUCGCCUCGUCCUCUUUUGAUGAUUGCUGGUGCCAAUGCUGCCACGAAAUUCUACAGCGAGGAUGCCAUCAAGAUUGCGAAGGAGCCAAAGGAGCUAUUCAUCAUCGAAGGUCGGGACCAUGCUGCUUUGUACGACAACGCGACUGAGUCGGGUCCUAAGCUGGUGGGAUUUUUCAGGGAUAACCUUUGA